AUGAAGAGCAUGCGCUUCCUGCAGCGCCACGCAUUCCAGCAGCUCUCCAGCACGCGAUCCGCACUGCUGCGCCAGACAUUGAAUCAGCUACAACAAACAUCAUCACAACCAUUCCGGACCGGACCUCCAUUACAACAUACCUCUUUGCACCGAUCUCUACACACCAAGGGAUCAGCUCCCAACCCCUUCUCCCAGGCAUUGCGCUCACGCCGGGCACCCAAUUCCAACAGCAACCAGUCCCAUGGCCGACGACAUAAUUCCUCCUCAUCGUCAUCCUCCACACCACCGCCCGACGAUGCAAACCUCUCCUUCUCGCAACGCUUCAAGAAACUUUCGCGCGAAUAUGGCUGGGGUGCAGUGGGCGUGUACCUCGCGCUGACGGCGCUUGAUCUCCCAUUCUGCUUCCUCGCGGUGCGCAUGCUCGGCACGGACCGCAUCGGGCAUUACGAGCAUGUCGCGCUGGAGUUCGUACGGGGCUUGGUCAAGUGGCCACUGCCGGAGGUCGCGCAGGACAAGCUCGAUGCUGCGGGCGACCUCGUCAGUGAGAAGGUCAGUGAGGUCGUUGGGGAUGCACCCGUUGAGAAGAGGAUUCUGGAGGAGACGAGCGCUGGGUAUAGCAAAGGUGAUAUCGAGGACCACGGCUAUUCGGAGGCGGAGCAGGCGAAUCGCGGUGCUGAUGCCAGUAUUUGGACGCAGCUCGGUCUCGCAUACGUGAUUCACAAGUCGUUUAUUUUCGUCCGUCUUCCCCUUGCCGUCGCCAUCACGCCGAAAGUCGUCAAGACACUACGUGGCUGGGGUUGGAAUAUUGGCAAGAUGCCGGCUCGCAAGGGUGUGACUUCGGGGACUAACUCAACAGGGACGGGGACAACGGCUGGUGUGAAUACUAAGGGCUCCAAGGUCAAGCCAGACGAUUAA